UUAACAGUUCAAUAAAAUUAAAUAAAUGCAAAUGUACAAAUGUAAAAGUAUAUAUAAAAUUUGCAUAAUUUUUAUAAGAAUAUUCCUUACAUCACAUUGCUGAAAAAUAGUGCAAUAAAUGCAAUAAUUCAAGAUCAUAUUAUACAAACUGUUCUGAGUAAUGCAAGAAUUUCGUUGUGACUGAACAUUUAACGCGGAAUUACAUUUAAAUGAACGGUUUUUAAAUUUCCUUGAGAUAUCUUUCAACUGUCUUAUAUUGGACAAACACUUGUUUAUGAAACUAAAUAUUUACGUAGAUUGUAUGACGUCCUUUGUUUGUUGACGACUUGUUCUAACUUGGGUCUCAUAUUUAUUUUUACACACGUUCCUUUUCGCUCUCUCAUCCCUCCUCGAAUCGAUAGUCGCAAUAAUAUGUGUAAGUAAUGCGAACAUUAUUAGUCGAUAGCGGGUAUUCGCUUGUGUUCGAUCAUGAGGAGAACACGUAUUUGUGUUGAAGUGUGCGUCUACGUGGUGUUCGGCGUUAUCGCCGUUGCUGCGAUUUUUGAAGACAAGCAUAGUGGAUCGAAAUGUCCUGGCCCAGUGAGUUAUUACGAGGCCCUCGAGUGCACGCCGGUAUAUAAUCAAGGAUCGAACUCUUGUGCCAACGAAUACCUCUGUGAUCAUAUAGAAACUAGAUCUAGCGACAAGUGUUAUAUCAACGGCCACGAGUAUAAUCUCUACCAUUACCUGAACAACGAAGAUGCAUAUCUUGUAUGCGAUGCCAUGUGCACUUGCGAACCCGGACAUAAUCGUGAUGAAAUCGCUGCGUUUGAAUGCUUUGAUGAAGAUUGUCCAACAGUAAUAGCUAAAGAUGACUGCUAUCUAUGGAAUGAUCCAUUUAAAUGUUGUGGAGAUCCGCAAAACAUUUGUUCAGAAGAAUGGGAAACGAGAUAUAAGUGUAAUGUAAACGGUAAGAUUUAUUUGGAAGGUGAAUAUUUCUAUGUAGAUCAAGAAUCCGACUUGACCUGCGUCUGCCAAUCAGGUUACAAAGGUAAUAACAUUCCACCUUUCUGUGUGAGGACUAAUCAUACAGCCUGCGCCCAUCCUGCAUUCAGUCAUAUAAAUCAUUUGAAAAAAAAAUGUGCUCCAAUUUAUUUUUAUGAUGAAUUUUCGAAGAAAAAAUGUUAUAUGAAUAUGAUAUGCCAGAAUGCUGACGAUGUUGUCAUUCCCAAGUCUGAAUUUGGAUCGUCUGACACUUUGGAGAGAGGAAGUAAGUGUCAAUUCGGUAACUUGACGAUGCAAGUUGGCGACAAACUGAAGCGAUCUACACAAUAUUCUACUAUUUGUAUUGCGUGCAUUUGUGAAGUACCACCUGUACUAACUUGUGAAUUACAGUCACAGGAUAUCUGCAAAAGACCUUGGUGAUGCCACAAAUCUCCCUUCGUAAUCUUAAUAUGAAUGUUAUGAGCUAGGAUACUGUAAUUGCUUUUGUUACGCCAGGCAACACAGUGUUAUAAAUUUAUUUGAAUAUUAGUACAAAUGUUUUCAAUUAUAAUAAAAAUUGAUAUUUGCAAGGA